AGUCGCCUGCUUGCUUGUGUCUGGUAUGUCAGAUCGCUGUCGAAGUGUCCCGCGCACAGGUCGGGAGUUCCGUACAGAAGUUAACAGGUGAAGUCACCAGUGACGUAAUAUCGCGGACAACCCAGAGUUGCUUAUAAACGCACCUGUCUCGGUCGGGAAUCUUUGGAAAUCGUGGUGAACUUCCCUCCGUUUCCAACACUGGACCUGGUGUUGAACCCUGACCCCAAGAACCCUGUCCAGACCGUGUAUUACACACCUAGUGGAAGCUGGGAUCUGGUGGGCACCUACAUGAACGACUAUUACAGCGGGAGUGUGUUACCUCCAGGUCUACUUGACCACUCUACUGGGCAUCACGUCUUUCGGUGUGCUCGUCUCGGUGGUCGUUCUCCGGAUACACCACAGGUCACCGGAAGUUCCGGUUGGCCUGAAAACGGCCGCCAUUGUCAGCCAUUGCUUUGCUCACUGUCACAUUGUUGCCAUAUAUAGCUAUUGCGGGUAGCCUCUCCUAGUGACGUCAUUAUGUUUCCAUAUAUUGUUAUUGCAGGGAGAGUUUCCUAGUUACAUCGCGCCGUUACCAUAGAACUAUUGCUAGUAGCUUCUCCUGGUGACGUUGCGCUGUUUCCAUAUAAAAAUUCAUUGCCGCGAAAUUUUCAUAGUUAAGUCACAUUGUUACCAUAUACCGUUAUUGCGGGUGGUCUGUCGUAGUUCCGUCAUACAACUGCCAUCGUCGGCUCCUUCUGUCUAGGGAGACAAUGACUGCGCCUGUCUGUCACUCCUGUCAAGAUCAUCGUCUGGGGUGGCUCCAAAGUCCUAUUCGAGCAUGGAAGUCUCUGCCACACUUGUUGCAGAUGAAGGCUGAAGGUGAGUCGAUGGCUCGAUUUUGCUGCCUUUCUUUUCUGCGGCUUCUUCUGUCCAUCUCCUGCUCCUAUCUUAUCAUUUCGCCGCUGCGUACUCCUUGACUUACGAUGCCUUUCCAUGCUCCACGAUCAGUAGCAAACUCUUCCCAGUGGUCUGCAUCUAUGCCUGUUGUCUUGAGGUCGCGCUGCUUACAAACGUCUUUGAAGCGCUGUACUGGGCGUCCUAAAUGCGGCCAGUUCGCCGUAUAGAGUGUUUUUCGGGAUGCAUCCAUUAUUCAUGCGAUGUACGUGGCCGAUCCAUCGAAGCCGACGCUGGCAGAGUAGGAGGUGCAACCUGAAAGAACCAGCCUUUCUAAGGACAGAUGUAUGUGUAACUAUGUCCUCCCAAGUAAAGCCCAGGCUUCUUCGCAGACAACGGAGAUGGAAACUUUCUAGGCGGUUCUUCUGCUUGGCGUAUGUCGUCAGGUUUCGCUGCCAUAUUGCCACGUUAUCAUAGUUAUUGCUGGGAGACGUUCGUGGUUAUAAUACUCUGAUGUCAUAUUAAUAUAGUAUUGCAGAUGCCUCUCCUAGUGACGUCAUACUGUUCCAUCCCACUAAAACAGAAAGACUUUCAUAAUUGCAUCACACUAUUACGAUAAUCAUAUUAUAAUAAUAUAGUUAUGGCGGGUGGCCUUUCCUGGUGACGUCAAAUUGUUUCCAUAUAUAAAAUAAUUGGUGCAGAGAAAUUUUCAUAGAUACAUCACACUGUUACCAUGAUAUAUCUUUUGCAGGGAGCCUCUCCUAUUUACGAUAUAUUGUUUCCAUACAAUAUAGUUAUUGCAGGGAGACUUUCAUAGUUACAUUACACUGUUACCGACAAGUUACCAUAACUGUUUGGAGCCUCUUAUGACAACGUCACUCUGUUACCUUAUAUAUAGCUAUUGCCAGGAGCCCCUCCAAGUUACCUUUUACUUUUUCAAUAUAAUUAUGGCAGAGAGAAUUUCAUAGUUACAUCAUACUGUUACUAUAACAGUUUGAACCUCUUGUGAUUACGUCACAUACCUUAUAUAGCUAUUGCGGGGAGCUUCUCUGAGUUAUAUCUUACUGUUUCCAUAAUAUACAUGUAGUUAAUUCCAGGGAUUUUCGUAGUUAUAUCUCACUGUUACCAUAUAAUGAUAAUACAGUUAAUGCAGGGAGACUUUCACAUCAUACUGUUCCAAUAAUCAUGUUGGGAACCUCUCGUAAUUUCGUCAUACUGUUUCCAAAAUUUUUAAUACAUGUAUUAUGAAACUACAGUUAUUGCAUUGAGACUUUCAUAGUUACAUUAAACUGUUGCCAUCAUUGUUGGAAGGUUCUUGCGGUUUCUCACACUGUUACCAAAUACAUGUAUAGCUAUUGGUGGCUGGAAGCGUACCAUAGUGCGUAACUCGGUUACCAUACACAGCUAUUGCCAGAGCCUCUCGCGGUUAUAAUAUAUCAUGUAUAUUAUAUUAUUAUCUCGUGUUUGCUUUUUUAACAUCUCAUUAUUACGUCGUAUCGUCAGCGAUGGGAUUCAAUUCAGAUGGCAUCUGUAUGCAUGGG